AUGGCCUCCGACUCCCUCAUGCCCAAGAGCGACUCCUUCACCAGCGCCCGCGUCCGCGGUGCGUCUCACAUCGACUUCAAGACCUCCACCACCGGCGUCGCCGCCAAGGCCAUGCGCAACGAGCUCAGCGCGCUCGUCAACACCGUGCAGGACCCGGAGACCAAGAAGGCUUUCGACACCGAGAUGCAAUCUUUCUUCUACCUCUUCACCCGUUAUCUCUCGGAACGUGCUCGUCGCCAGGAUCUCGACUGGGACCGCAUCAAGUCGCCCUCCGAUGACAAGAUCGUCCCCUACACCAAGCUUCCUCAGGGUUCGCCCCAGAACCUGAACAAGCUCGCGGUGCUGAAGGUGAACGGUGGUCUUGGAACGUCGAUGGGCAUGACCGGCGCAAAGUCCGCGCUUGAGGUCAAGGACGACAUGACCUUCCUUGACCUGACCGUGCGCCAGAUUGAGCACCUGAACACCACCCACCGCGUCGACGUCCCUCUCAUUCUCAUGACGUCAUUCAACACGCACCAAGAUACGCUUCGCAUCAUCAAGAAGUACGCGAACCAGCAACUGCGCAUCACCACCUUCAACCAGUCUCGCUACCCGCGUAUCUUCAAGGAGACUCUCCUCCCUUGCCCACACACCGCAGACGAUGACAAGAAGCACUGGUACCCCCCUGGCCAUGGUGACUUGUACAACGCGCUCCUGCACUCUGGCGUGCUUGACCAACUUCUCGCGGAGGGCAAGGAGUACCUCUUCGUGUCCAACUCCGAUAACUUGGGUGCAGUUGUCGACCACCAGAUUCUCCAACACAUGAUCGACACACAGGCGGAGUUCAUCAUGGAGGUUACGGAUAAGACGAAGGCGGAUAUCAAGGGUGGUACUCUCAUCGACUAUGAGGGAACCAUUCGUCUGCUCGAGGUCGCUCAGGUGCCCAACGAGCACAUUGAAGACUUCAAGUCGGUACGCAAGUUCAAGAUUUUCAACACCAACAACUUGUGGAUCAACCUCAAGGCCCUUAGGCGCGUCAUGGAGACUGAGGGCAUGGAGCUUGACAUCAUCGUCAACCCUAAGACGACCGACGACGGCCAGGCCGUUGUUCAGCUCGAGACCGCCGCCGGUGACGCCAUCAAGCACUUCAACAACGCGCACGGUGUCAACGUCCCCCGUAGUCGCUUCCUGCCUGUGAAGAGCUGUUCGGACCUGCUCCUCAUCAAGUCCGACAUCUACUCGCUUGAGCACGGUCAGCUCAUUAUCAACCCUCAGCGCAUGUUCGAGACCACCCCUGUCAUCAAGCUCGGCGAUCACUUCAAGAAGAUUGCUCAGUUCCAGAAGCGCUUCAAGAAAAUCCCCAAGAUCAUCGAGCUCGACCACCUGACUGUCACGGGCGAUGUCUACUUCGGUCGCAACGUUACGCUCCGCGGCACCGUCAUCGUGGUGGCGAAUGAGGGUCAGCGUAUCGACAUUCCGGACGGCUGUGUGCUUGAGAACCGUCUCCUGUCCGGUAACCUCAACAUGACCGAACUUUGA